UGGAGCGACGCGAGUACAGGCCAACUAAGGGCAACGAAUUCAGACUUACAUCAGGUUUAAGCAUUACGCGAUCGUCGCGCAUCUUAACCUGAAGGCUAUAUUGUAUAUUGUAUUUGCAAGGAAAUUUUUCUACGGACCUACUAACGCCAAAAUUGUUUCGAAAAUGACUCUCGACAUUCCUGGGCUUGCUUAUGCUGCAACCGUGGCCGCAGGUGGUAUAAUGGGCUACGUGAAAUCCAAUUCAAUUCCAUCACUGGGUGCUGGUCUUCUAUUUGGAACAAUUUUGGGUUUUGGAGCCUAUCAGACAUCACAGAACCCAAACAACUAUGGCGUUUUACUAGGAACUAGCGCUACUCUCGGUGGCAUAAUGGGUUACAGAUUCUACAAUACUGGGAAAAUUAUGCCAGCUGGUUUAAUCACACUUAUGAGCUCUGCAAUGGUAAUUCGAUUGCUCAUUAGGCAUUUUACAGCCACAGUGACAGAAACAAAGCAUCAGUGAAUGUUUGAAUAUAAUCUAUCAACUUCAUACUGUUUCAAUUAUUUUGUGGGUUGAUGUGUCUGUUUUUUUUUACUUAGGUAAUUUAAUAUCUUUUGUAUGUAGUAUAAUUUUAUUGAGAAUAGAACAAACCUAAUUUUCUCCAACA